AUGAUGAAAUAUAAAUUCGUGUCUCCACUUGUAACUCAAUUAUUUCAAAGAUCUUCCGAAGAAAAUGCUAUCCCUCUCUUUGAGAAUUCGGCAUUUUCAAAAUUCGAUUUAAUUUUCUUUCCAAUUUCCAAUCUAAAAACAGAUAAUACGUGUCACUGGUCAUUGCUCGUAUGGUGCCCUGGAAUGAAAAAUCAAUUUCUUCACUUCGACUCCCUAAAAAAUCGAAAUAUUGUUCCAGCAAAAAACUUCGUCAAAAAGAUUGUUUCAUGCUUGAACCUUAAAGCUUACAACUUCAAAAACAUGAAGGGACCAAUUCAAGACAAUUCCUAUGACUGCGGAAUGUAUUUAAUGGCAGUCAUGGACGAAAUUGCUACAACUAGAAAAAUUUCGGAGUCAAUGAAAACCAAGAUAACACCAGACUACAUUUCCAAGUUCCGUAUAUUGCUUACAACCUGCAUUAUCAACUAUAAUACUACAUCCAAAGGCUGGGAAUGCUAUAGAGCCCAGCUUUCGGAUUAA